AUGAGUCCAAAGCCACCGGGCAAUGUGCCUCUCUGGCCAGGGGGUCAGAGUCAGGAUCCAACUCAAGUGCCGACUCCUGCGGUUUUAGAUUUUAUGGAGUUGGAUCUACUGGCGGAACAAGAAGAGAUGCAUGGUCCCACCAAUCAAUCCAACCCGAAAGAGGGCGCAGCGCUACCUGUAUCUGCAGCACAGAUGAGGAAUAAUGAUAUGCAACUAGAAGAGGUCCGAGAGGGCCAUGUCGCCCAAUUGAUCCGGUCACCGGCACCAGAUCAAAGUGUUGGAUCUAUCCUAGAUCCGCAACGACGGAGGACCCACUCUCCGGCGCCAAAUAGACCUGGUGGACUUAUCAUAAGUCCGCAGCGACGGGGCACACUGUCUCCGGCUCCCAACCCCCCGGCCAUAUCCACACAGCAGCCUACUCCCUCCGUAGCCCGAGCCCAAAGCUCAGCUGCCUGGGAUUUCCGUGUAAGCCGUGCGGUUUCCCACAAUAUCCUGGCUUCGUCCCCUGCUAGCGUUGGUGGUGCACAGGUCACCCGAGCACAGCCCACACCCCAACUGCCUGGGAAUGAAUCUGGGGGUGGUGAGGAGACUCUGGUGGCGGCACCACCCUGCAAGGAGGUAGAGGAAGUGGGUGCUGAGGCUAUAGCUCCCUACGCCACUGGGAUCUCAUCACUGGUAGGGUUGGGUUGCACCCCGGUUCAUCUGCCGUCGGCCAGUCAGGUCUUUGCGGCAUUUAGCCACCACCUCUCGGAAAGCAAGCGCUCUGUGGCACAGCUCUUGACUUGUCUCUUUUAUGCGGUUGGGAGUCCUGACGCUUUGAGCCAAUUACGCCAUGCACUCCAAUUUGCACGGAGGACCUCCGUAAUUCCGGUGGUACAAUCCGGCCUUCAGAACGACCUCGCAACCACUGUGCAAGCCCUUGACCGACUCGACUCCAUCACUGCUCUCUCACAUAUCCUCCGGCGAUAUUACCUUGUUCGUCUCUCAGCCCAUCGCACCCGACUGGAACAAGAUCAUAUUGCUACCAAACUUGCUGGGCGAGGAUCCAAGCGCAUGCUCAAAUAUGACUGCGCUCGCCUACAGCUGAUCCGUGACAGCGGGAAGAGUGGAGCUCGUUCAGCCGACAAAAGUGAUCGACUUGUGAGCAAGGAUCGGCCCAAGAACCGGUCCAAGACGCAGGCUCUGACGGAUCUAAUGCAAAUGCUAUACCCGGGGCUCGCCCCCCUCCCGUAG